AUCUAAAUGCAAAACCCCUCGAAAGCCUAAACCCUUGUACAAACAAACCCGAAGACCUCCAAAAUCCCCGCCACCAAAAAUGUCCGCCGCCAGGUCCGUCAUCCGUUCCGCGGCCUCGCGAGCUUCCGCGGCAACCAGACUCGCUGGUUCUGCCAAGCCUAUGACGCGACCCGCUUGCUCGCCCUUUCGGAUCUCCAAGCAGAAUCCGUUCCCUGCUCGUAUUUUCAGGUUACCCAUUGAGCUGAGCUGCUGUGUGGAAACGAUGCUGCCGUAUCACACGGCCACUGCUUCAGCUCUGCUGAAUUCCAUGCUUUCUGUUUCUCGCCGGAGACCCGAUUGGACCGCUGAAGGCCAAUACAAGACUAGAUGAAGGACAAGGCACAGAGAGGGAGUGAAUUGUAUUUGUUUUUCUUUUUAAAACUUUUUGGGGCUGCUACUGAAUUUUUCUUCAGUGCAUCAGUUGAUCAUAAUUGUGAAAUGGCAAGAGUUUGAAUGCUAUUCCCUAUAAUUUCAUGGUUUUAGAGCCAUAAGAUGAAAGAUUGUUAAACGUUUUUAAUUAAUAAGCUAAUUGUUCCCGAAAUUACUGUUAACCUUCUGAAAAGUGAACCAUGUUGUUUUUUGAAUGUUUAGACUUGCUUACUCCUUGACGUACUCUGUGGAUGGGAAAGGGAUAAAAGGCUCUCGGUGAUGCAAUUUACUACAACUUUUCAAAGAAAAAAAAUGCAUGAAAUCUAGCACUUCGAGAUGAUAUGGGUUUUGCUUAUGCAUAAUUGAGGAGAUUGUUAUAUGAUGGUUAAUAACUCAUAAGUUUUCCAACUUAACUUGAACUAAACCUUAUUUAUGUUCUUAUUCGUGCCAGUAUAAGUAGGAUAUGAAACCAAUAAUGAUUUGUUGUUUC